UGCGUAAACCGAUCGUGUCUUCCGGUGCCGAUGAGUUGGGAAAACCAGCACCAACAGAAUGGAGACGGAACAAUGCCUACAUUUGUUUCGUAACACUAAACACAAGUCAACGACGGAAGUUUUACCUGCAGAUGUAAGAAAGGUGAUUGUUGGUGAAGACCAACAGCAGGGUUGGAUCUCCAGGCUGGAACAGCAGGAAGACAUGGAAGAGGAAGAGGGGGAGGCUGACGUCAGCAAGUCCCAUGUGAAGAGUGAGGAAGAGCAAGCCGAGUGGUCACAGCAUCAUCACAGAGAGGAGGAGACGCUGAGGUAUCGCGAUGCUCUCGCGGGAGGAAAACCUUUUUCUUGCUCGCUUUGUGGCAAAAGCUUUUCUCGCAAAGGACACCUGAUCACGCACACACGAACACACUCCGGAGAGAAAACAUUUACUUGCUCAGUGUGCGGCAGAAACUUCUCAGAUAAGAGCAACAUGAUGACACACACGAGGACGCACUCUGAGGAAAAACUUUUCACUUGCUCUGUUUGCGGCAAAGGAUUCUCUGUCAAGAGAUAUUUGGUGUCCCACAUGAGGAUACACACGGGAGAAAAACCUUAUUCUUGCUCAGUGUGCAACGCAGAUUUCAGUUACCGCAUGUCGCUAGUGCUGCACAUGAGAACGCACACCGGAGAGAAACCUUUCACUUGCUCGGUUUGCGCAAAAGGUUUCUGCCAGAAGGGACAGCUAAGAGCACACAUGAGGACGCACACGGGAGAAAAACCUUUUCCCUGCUUGUUCUGUGGGGAACUGUUCUCUCAGAAAGGACACAUGAUGUCUCAUGCGAGAACACACUCGGGAGAAAAACCCUUUACAUGCUCAUUUUGCGGGAAGGCUUUCUCCGAUAAGCGAAACAUGACAAUACACACGAGAAGUCAUGCUGAUGAGAAGAAGUCUUUACCAUCAGACGUGUUCAAAGUGAUCGUUGGUGAAGACCAGCAGCAGGAGUGCAGCUCCAGGGUGGAGCAGGAGGAGCCACAACCCCCCCACAUCAAGGAAGAAGAUGAGGAGGCUCACGUCGCCAAGAUCCGUAUGAAGAGUGAAGGUGAUGAAGAGCAAGCUCAGUCGUCUCAACUUCAUCGUCGCAGCCGAGACCGCCGGGAAGGAGCUGAAGCAGACCGUCAUUCAGGUCCGCUCUCGGAUUCUGAGGACACCGACUCUAAUGACGAUUCCAAAGUGGACAAAAAGCAGUUCCGCUGCUCUGAAUGUGACAAAAUAUUCGCCAAUAAGUAUCAGCUGGUCUACCACAUUAGAACGCACACCGGAGAAAAGAUCAUCUGCUGUGUGUGCGGCAAGGACUUCUCCAGCAAGAGCAAUCUGAGGACCCACAUGAGGACGCACUCGGGGGAAAAACCGUUCACUUGCACUGUUUGCGGCAAAGGAUUCUCAGUCAAGAGAUAUUUGAUGUCCCACAUGAGGACACACACAGGGGAAAAACCUUAUUCCUGCUCGGUGUGCAAUGCAGAUUUCAGUUACCGCAUGUCGCUGGUGCUGCACAUGAGAACGCACACCGGAGAGAAACCUUUCUCUUGCUCGGUGUGCGCCAAGAGUUUCUGCCAGAAGGGACAGCUGAGGGCGCACAUGAGGACGCACACGGGAGAAAAACCUUUUUCUUGCUCGUUCUGCGGGAAGACUUUCUCCGAACGGGGACACAUGAUCUCACACGUGAGAACGCACACCGGGGAGAAACCGUUCUCCUGCUCGCUGUGUGGGAAGCUGUUUGCCACGAAGAGGAAUAUGAUAAUACACACGAGGACGCACACUGGAGAGACACCUUUCAGUUGCACUGUGUGUCACAAAAGAUUCCCACACAAGUACCAGAUCACCAGACACAAGUGCUUGUGUGACAGCAGCAGCAGUCAAUGACAGCUGGGCAUGUCUUCACAAAGUUUUUGUACUCAAAUGAAGUAACUUCUAAUGACGUACUCACAAUUUGCCGUUCGUAUCGUGAUGGACUUUGGCGCAAUUCCCGCUCUCGUGCUUUUAUAAUGCAAUUUCCCUGACUUUGGAUAUUAUUUCCACUCUCACGUUGAGUCUUUCUGUUUAUUACCACUGGAAAAACAGGAGGUUCUCAUUACCGUAUUUUCCGGGCUAUAGAGCACACGGGUAUUUAAGCCUCACCCACCAAAUUUUAGAAGAAUUAAAUAUUUUAACACAUAUUAGUCUCACCAAACUAUAAGCCGCAGAUACAUACCGGUACAAAAUAUUUUUUUAAUGUUUAUUCACAUACCUUAAUUGUUUCCAAACAGUGCCUGUCACAGGGUAGUAAAACGGCUGAUAAAAAAAAAAACAGAAGUCAUUGUCAUGGACCCACUAGCUGCAGAAACUAGCUCUCCAAUCAGCUAAACAGAUUUAACAACUCCACUGUGACGUUUUGGUGAAUUUACCAAACUGAAACAACACAAAAAAGAAUGUCAUUGUAAGUUAUCAAUACUUAAUACACAGACACUUGUAAACGUGUUAGCAUAUUGCUUAGGCUAACAACACUGGCUUGAUUACAUUACAAUCGCACACACACAUGCGUGAAAACAUUCCUACAGACAUCACACAUGAGAUGGUUUAGUAAGUAUGACUUGUUUUAGUUAUAUUGUAAACUUACAACCGUUGCUUGGAGUGAUGAAUGAAGAAUCCUUUGCGAGCCAAAAUGCUAUAUAUCAUACCUUCUCAAAUAGUCGGGUGAGGCGUGUAACCUCGGGUAACAUGCUUUUUUUGUCAUACCAGAAUAUGAUGACGUGUAUGUAACAUACGGCUUCACUGUAACCACGGUAGGAGGCGAGGAAAUGCUGGUGUGUUGUUUCCUUUAAUGUUAAUAAAAUUACAAAGUUAUGCAGAGGUGUAAUUAAAAAAAAAAUUAUAGACAAAUUAUACUAUUCAUAGUCACAGUGGAAA